AUGGCGACAUCCGCAGCGUCGCCCUCACCUUUGCGGUUGAGCGCCGUCACGCCCGGAGGCACGCCCCCGCCGGGGACGGUGCGGGCCAAGAUUUCGCAGCUCAAUGCCUCCUCAUCUUCGAUCGACACAUCCGGCGGACCCCGGUCGCGGGCCUCCUCUGUCUCCUCGCCCGGUGGUGUACCCGUCACCCCGCCCCCCGCGACCACCAACAUGGUGUCCCAACGCGAUACUCCGAACCUGAGCGAUUCGAGUCACCUUCGCAUCAACACAGGGGGUUCCAUCAAGACGCCACGACUGGAAAAGGAUGUACGGCUGGUGGUGGACACGAGGCUCAGGCAACACUUGUCCAACCUCUACAAAGCGGAAAAGGAUGUGUCCAGCGCAGACGAUGUCUCCGAUACGGAGAAGCUGCUGGCAGUGAUGCAUUCCAAGAACGUCAACUUCACCCAGGAGGCAAUCAAGAUCAUCAUCCAUCUCAUGGCUCUCGAGGAGAACCAGCAGGCCAUCGGCAGGAGCGUGUUGAUCCUGGAGCUGAUUCGGAGCCUCUCUGCGCCACAGGACGCCAUUCGCACCUACGCCGCGUGGGCUCUCUCCAACUUCUCCUCCAACGAGAGCAACCACAAAGCCAUCCACGAGGUGGGUGGUAUCAAGGCUCUGCUUUCGCUUCUGACUUCGUCCUCCGAGGAUUCCCUCAAGCAGGCCCUCUCCGCGCUCCUCAACAUAUCCUCCAAUCCCAUGUUUGUCGAAACGAUACGAAAGAGCGGAGGCAUGCGCGAGAUGAUCCGCCUGCUGGAGUACUCUGGCAACGCGGCCGACGCGAUCAUCCCGCUCACGCUCAUGGUGUUCAUCAACUUGGCGACCAACGAGAAGAACAUGGAGAUGUUCGGGGACGUGGGCGGCUUCCCUCCGCUCAUCAAGCUGCUCCACCACCCCGUGUUCAGCAUGGACGCCAUGCCCUUCCUCAUCGCUCUCCUGAACAAUCCGCGCCGGGUGAGCCAGUUCAUCGCGGCGGAGGGCCUGCGGCCGCUCUUUGAUUUCGUUUCGCGAGCGCCUGCGCGGCAGGAGGGCAAGUACGACAACUCGCUCGAGCACUGCCUCCUCGCGCUCCACCACCUCCUCAGCAACGAGGACUACGUGCGAAUGAUCGGGGAGCGGAACUUUGUGUUGCCUCUGACGGCGCUCUUGGACGGGCGGCAGGACCCUCGCAUCCUCGUUCUCGUCGUCGAGAUCAUCGACACUCUGCUCGACUCUGAUGAACGGAAUGGCACGCAGCUGGUGACGGCGGCGGGCAUCGAGCGACUGGUUGCCCUCCUGCCGGCCAAGCGACCCAAGAGAACACUGACAGUUGUCGUCGACAAUGCGCUCCUCCUGCUCACGGGGCUUCUCGAAACCAAUGAUAACAACCAGGAGCAUCUGCUCGACCGCGGAGUGGUGCCGGCCGUCGCCGGAGUCAUGUCGUGGGCCACCAACGAGACCCUCGAACACGCGCUCCAUCUCAUCGCUCUGCUCACAUCAGGGGUCAACGGGCAGGUGGUGUACGACGAGAUAGUGAAGCCGUGGCCCCAGGUGCUGCCGCGCCUUCUCCAAAUGCUCAACGCCGACCCUGCAAACAAGCGAGCGGCCCCUGUGCCCGACUCCACGCGGAUUAAGAUCGCCCUCUGCUUUUCGGCCCUGCUCGGCCACAUCGAUUGCCACAUGGACCUGGUGGAGCUCGAGGUGGUGGGCCACUUCAUCGACCUCCUUGCCUCGCCCAACCAGCGCCUCCAGUUCUACGCCAUCACCGCCCUGCGCAACCUGUCCACCUACUACGCGUCGGUGCGACGAGAGAUACAACACCUCGACGGACUCGGCGAGCUGCUGGCGUUGGUGCACGGCCCCAACCGAGCGGCCGUGUCCGUUGCCCGACUCGAAGCGAUGCGCACCAUCGCCAACCUCUCUGUCACCGAUGACCCGAUCGACCUACAGGAGUUCUGUGACACGAGCGUGCCGGUGCUGCUAGCUGUGCUCGCCACUCCUCCGCCCUCGAGGGACGACAUCACGCGAGCCGUGGCCAAGCGGAAGCAGAGGCUCUCGAGCGGCUCCCAGCAGGACCCCAACUGCAACAAGAUCACGUCCCUCGAGAUGCAGCAGGUGCGCGAGCCGAGAAAGGGCCGCGACGGCUCGACCAUCUCGACCCCGCCGCCCCACGACCUCGGCAGCGGAAGCCACAUCGGAGGCGGGAACGCGGGGAAUGCGGGCAACUCUGGGACCAUGCUGGUCCGCGCUGCGCGGCUGACGGGCGCCAACAGUUCGCUGAACACCAACGGCCGCGGCAGCCGCGUGUCGAACAUGGAGAGCCUCGGCAGCGGCGACCUCGAGACUCGUAUCGGCAACGUGGGCACUGUGGGCAUCAGCGGCAGCGGCGGCAGUCGCAUCAUCGCCGUCAACUCGGGCGCAUCGAUCGGCGGGCUGGGCAGUCAGGACGACCAGGAGGAGGACCGGAUGCUGGAGGAGCGCGUGUUCCAGACCAAGUGGGAGAACGACUGUCUCAUCAAGGCCUACACUGCCAUCACCCUCCAGAACCUCUCCAUCGAAGCCGACUUCGUGGACGUGGUACACUCGGCGGGCGGGCUGGGCGUGGUGAUGGAGUACCUGCUGGGUUCCAGCUCGCCGCGCCUCCAAUACGAGGCCGUCCGGCUCUUGACCGUGUGGGCAGCGCAGGAUGCCAACCGGAUGGCGUUCCAGGAGAUGGGAGGCAUCCAACGUCUGGAGCAGGCAUUGGCUUCGUUCCAGAGCUCGCCCGUGCCCAACGACGCGCUGAUAAUGUGCACCCAGAUCGCGCUCAAUACCAUGAGCAUUCCCCCCGUGGAGCUGUCCGAGCGGAUGAUGUCGCUCGACGACGACGAUGACUCUGGCAUCAUCGGCUGGGAACCGGAAACGGCCAUUCUGGACUACAUGCGGCAGGUGGAGCACGCCAUUCGGGCCAUCGAGCUGUCGAACCCGCUCGAGUCCUACCACUCGCACUCGCUGCCCACCUCGCCCAAGGACUCGGUCACCAAGUCGAGCCGCUACUCGUCGCAGCCCGUCACCCUGCGGCGCUCCGUGCGGCAGCGGGAGCGGUUCGACAAGUACCAGCGCGGCGGUAUCAAGGACGCCAGCAUCUUCGCCCAGCCCAGUGCGGUGGACGAGGUGGCGGACAAGGACCAGACGGCCGCGGCCAAGGUGGUGGGCUGGCGCGAGGAGGCCGGCAUAUCUCGGUUGCUCGAGAGCAGCGGCCCCGCCGCGGUGCCGCCCUCGCGGCUGCUGUUCGAUCAGAUGGAGGAGAUGCGCGAUCGGAUGACCGGCAAGCCCGGCGUGGGGGAUCUGACCUCCCUGGCACCGCUCUCGCCGAGUCGCGGCAGUCGCUCGCGCGGCAGUCGAGCGGCGGAGCGGAGGGAAAAGAACGAAGACGGCAAGGCGUCAAAGAGCGAAGCGGCGGCGGCGAAAAAGAACGAAGACGAAAGCGCGAUCGGCGAGACGGAAGCGAAGGCGCCCAAGCGGAGGGGCUCGUUCCGACAGCUCAGCAAGCAGUUCAGUGCCACGCUCAAGAAGGUGCAUCAGACCACCAAGAAGGCCAAGACCGACGCCGACAAAGGCAACGGCGACGACAAAGACAACAAGAAGGAGAAGGAAAAGAAAAAGAAGAAAAAGAAAAGGAGCGACAAGGAGAAGGAGAAGAGCACGAAGAAGAAGGAGAAGGAGAAGGAGAAGAGCACGAAGAGGAAAAAGAAGAAGGCGGCGAAGCAGAAGUCAAGCGGUGUCCGGGGCAAACCCGACGGGCUCGGUGAUGGGAAGGAGGCCUACAAGUGGUCGGUGGAAGAGGUGGGCGACUGGCUCGAGGAGAACUCGCUGGGCGAGCUGCGCCCGGUCUUCGCCCAGCACCACAUCGACGGCAAGGCGCUCAUGCAGCUCCACCACGCCGCCCUCUCGCGCAUGGGCAUCUUCUCCCAGCCCCUGUCGUCCGCGCUCUUGCAGCGACGCCGCAAGCUCCUGACCCGCUCCACCUCGCUCACCGCCCCGCCAUCGGACUCGUCGAUGGGCUCCUCGCUCUCGUCGUCGCGCUCCUACCCCAACCUUUCGUCGUCAUCGUCGUCGUCCGUGUCGGUCCACGCCCGCGACAAGAUCGUCAAGGACGAGGAGAAGCGGAAGCACAAGAAGAAGAGCAAGGACAAGGCGAAGGCGAAGGAGGAAAGCGGCGACAAGACAGAGAAAGCGAAGACGAAGCCGAAGCCGAAAGCGAAGGCGAAAAAGAGCGAAGGAGAGAAGGGAGAGGGAGAGGGUGCCGGCCACGAGCAGAAACAGGAGAAGCGGAGGAAGAAGGGCAGUUCCAAGAAAAAGAGGAGGAAGACCGCAGGCAAUGAUGGUGCCGCCGAGGGCGAAGAGGGCAGCACCACCACCACGACUGAGGCCGAGAGGGAGUCCAAGGUGGUCCCCCGCAAGGGCUCGGGCGACGUCGACAAGAAGAAGCCGGCUGCAGCCUCGACCAAGCCCAAAGUGUCAUCGCUACGCCGGCGACCGACCGGGCUGAGCGAGGACGGCAAGGGCAAGGAGAAGGCCGGCGACGUGGCUGGUGGGAACGGCGGCCGGCGCAAGGAGCUGCGGUUCGAGGGCAACGUGCUGGACGAGGACGAAGAGAGGAGCGCGAGUACGGCGUCAGAAGGCGGCAGUGAGCACCGGGGCAGUGGUCGCAAGCGAGGCGGCAGCAGCACCCGCCGCCGCAAGCAACGCGGGCGACAGCUGGCCGCCGCCGCCGUCGCUGGCGAGGAGACCGACGAGGACCAUCCUGAGCAACAAGCCAAGAGCCCGCGCGCCUCGGCCGGCGCGGCGCCUAGGGCCGCGGAUCCGAAGGCGCAGCCCAAGCAGGCCGGCUUCCUGCGGAGCAUCUCCACCAUCUUCCAUAUCCGAGGCAACAAGCACACUGCCAAGCAGCACGACCCGCACCACCUCGAUGCGGCCUCGUCGCAGCACUCGACUGCCAGCUCGGCCGUCGACGAGGUGGGCGACGGCGCUGCGGCCCAGUCCGCCGCGCAUGCCGGAGGCGAGGAGAAGAAGCGGGGCAGCUGGGUCCGGUCGGCGUUCCUGCGACGCGGCCGCAAGGGCGACGGCGGUGGCGAGGAGCGCAAGAACGCGAUCCGCCGCGGCUCCGAGGAGGAGGCCGAGCUGCGCAACAGCAAGGAGACGGCGCGCCGGCAGCAGAAGGAGCAGAAGCAGGAGCAGGAGCGCAAGAAGAAGCAGGAAAAGGAGAAGGCGAAGGAGCGAAACAAGCUGUCGCGCAAGAACUCCUCGCUCCUCAGUCGCAUGGCCGUCAGCACCAAACGCGGAAAUCAGGGGAGUAAGAAGACGAUGACCUUCUCACUCGAGGAGGACGUCAACUACGGCUCGACGACCGACACCACCACCACCCACUCCCACUCCCGCGGGCGAGGUGAUGAAGGCGACCUGCAGGACGAGGACGAUGAAGACGAGAUGGACAACAUCCGCCGGAAGCAGGGCACCCCGCGCGUCAACCUGCAGCGCGCGACCAGCGGCGACGAGCUGCUGCUGCCUCUCGACGGGGAGGGCUCCAUCGACCACGCCUCCUACUCCGAGACCGAGGAACAGGAGGUCGCCGACUACUCCGAGGUGGUGCAUCAGACGACGAUGGACAGCGGGUCGUAUCCGUCAACGCCCAAGAGGGGAUCGACCGCGCGGCCGCCCACGCGCCAGCAGCUGUUCUCCCUCACCACGGCCCGCCUGCAGGUCAUCACGCAACUGGGUCCGCACCGCAAGCGGCUGAUGCUCGACCUGCUCGAGACCGAACGGCGCUAUGUGGCGUUGGUCACCGUGCUCAUUCGCCAGUUCCUCAAGCCGCUCCUGCUCCUCACCUACACCGAGCAGGAGCAGUUCCUCACCGAGGAGGAGUUGCAUUCGAUCUUCCUCAAUAUCGGCCUGCUCCAUUCGUACAACCUGAUCUUCCUGAGCAAUCUCACCCAACGCGUCCACAGCUGGAGUGACUCGCAGCCGGUCGCCGACGUGUUCCUCAUGCUGUCGGACUUCCUUACGGCCUAUGGGGAGUACCUGCACAACUACGAGGCGGCUACGGCGCUGCUUCAGCACUGCCUGCAGGACCCGUCCUUCGACCAGUUCGUGAAGACCCUGGCGGCCUCGCCCGACUGCGAGGGGCUUGGACUGGAGGACUUCCUCAUCCUCCCCUACCAGCGCAUCACCGCCUACGCCCACAUCUUCAGGAAACUUGUGAAAUGGACAUGGGAGAGCCACGCAGACUACGGCGACAUCACUACGGUGCUACACACCGUGGAGAAGAUCAUCUCCUCCAACGUCCACCUCCGCCUGCUCCCCAGUCCGCAUGAAAAGGGCCAGGCUUCGCCCUCUACGCCACGAUCUCGUUAUACGAAGCUCAGUGCGCGUGAGGGGUUCCUGAAGCUCCUCGCCGUGCACGACAUCCUGCUGGGCUGUCCGAUCGUGACGCUGCUCGACGAGGCGGUGAAUCGCCAGCGCGGCUGGCUGUAUCUGUUCAACGACGCGCUACUCACCACCACCGAGAUCGAGAUCGCCAUCCGAAAGACGUUCCCUCUGCAGAACAAGGACGCGCAGGACUUCUGCUCCUUCAUUCCUUUGGAGGACAUCAUGACCAUCGACGAGGCCCGAGAGUACUCGACCAUCGUCAAGGUCACCUGCAAGGGGGGGCGGAUCAUAACGAUCAAGUUCGACUCGACGGAGAGCAAGUCGCUGUGGCUCGACCACUUCGUGGUGAUCGUCGCCGCCCACCGGCAGAAGACGGCGCGCUACAACCCGCCCGACGGCGUCGACCACCUACCGCCCCACUACGCGCCCGUGCCCCACGGCCUCGCCAGUGAGGAGAGCGAAUUCGAGUCGUAG